UGACAGCGUAAAUCUUUUCUUUUAUUGUAAUUUUUUAAAUUGUUUUUUUUUUAUUUUUUCUGUGAGAAAAGAAUCAAAAUUUUAUGGUAAUAAAUCAUCUAUUAAUCCUACCUCCCCCUUAUUCGGAAACACAUGAUAAGGUCAAAGAAAAAGUAAGAAAGCAGACAAUAGAAAGAGGAGCUUUAUCACUUUUAUUUCAUUUAUACUUGAGCAACUGUGCCAACAAUCUGAUACACUACCAUUUUUGGAAAACACAAAAAACCCAAAAAAAUAAAAAAUUAUAAAAUUUGUUUUCUAGUGUCAAACUUAAAUACCAAGUAUCAAAUUCCAAGGAAUUCAGAAAUUUUGAAUUUUGAUCAGUUUCAGGGUUUUUCUGUUUUGAAACUCAGUUUUGGGUUUCUGAUUGCCAAGUUUUUUCAUGUCUUUCUCUAUUUCUCCCCACCAACUCAGUUGCUGUCCUCGUCUCCCACCAGAAUAUUGUAGAAUAUCCUGUUCUAUAAACAGAACAGCUAAUGCUGAUAUACAGAGGUUUGAGGAUGCCAAAGAAAGAAUACGAAACAUGUUUCAAAAAGCUGAACUUUCAAUAUCAGCUUAUGACACUGCGUGGGUAGCAAUGGCCCCUUCUCCUGCUGCUCCAAAUACUACUUGUUUUCCAGGGAGUAUAGACUGGAUAUUAGAGAACCAGCUGUGUGAUGGCUCAUGGGGUGUUCUUGAUCAUCGUGAUACUUCUCUAAUCAAAGACUCGCUUUCUUCCACACUGGCUUGUGUCCUCGCGCUCAAAAGAUGGUCUGUAGGAGAAGAACAGAUGACAAAGGGCCUUGACUUUAUUGUGUCACAUUUUGCUUCGGCAAUGGAUGAAGAGCAGCAUUCUCCGAUUGGAUUUGAUGUUAUUUUUCCUAGUAUGAUUGAGAAGGCUCUUAAUAUGGAAGUGAAUCUUCAUUUGGCGCCUUCAGAUAUCGAUGCUGUGCUUCGAAAGAAGGAUUUAGAGCUCAAAAGAAUCCGUGGAAAGGACUCCAAGGCAAGGAAUUUAUUUUUGGCAUAUAUUUCGGAAGCAAUGGGAGGACCACAAGACUGGAAAAUGGUAAUGGAUUAUCAAAGGAAGAAUGGCUCUUUGUUUAAUUCACCAUCCACAACAGCAGCUGCUUUUUCUGCGCUCCAAGAUCCAAAUUGUUACAGCUAUCUGUCUUCAGUCUUGCAGAAAUUUGCAAAUGCAGUCCCAACUGCAUACCCACUUGAUGCAUAUUUCCGGCUUCAUAUGGUUGACACCCUGCAAAAAUCAGGAAUCAAUGGGCAUUUUAAAGAAGAGAUUGCUUCUGCAUUGAAUGAAACUUUCAGACUGUGGGAGCAAGGAAAUGAAGAGAUAUUUUCUGAUGUCAUUACCACUAGGAUGGCAUUUCGGUUGCUACGUGACGAUGGAUAUGAUGUAUCUUCAGAACUGUUGGCUGAAGUCCAUGAUGAAGACUGCUGUUUUCACCAAUUCGGAGGACACUCAGAGGACAUAAGAUCUGCCUUGGAGCUCUAUAGGGCAUCUCAACUUAGAAUUUAUGCUCAUGAAUCUUAUCUAGAGAAGCAAGCAACAAAUUCAAGGCACUUUCUUGAAGGGAAAAUCUCUGAACAUUCAACACUAGCAGACAGGCUCAGAAAAAAUCUAAUCCAAGAGGUUGCUGACAGCCUAAAGAGCCCCUAUCAUGCAAAUUUGGAACGCUUGCAAAGCAGAAAAUUCAUCGAACAUAAUAACUUGGAUGGAAUAAGGAUUUUGAAGUCUUCUUUAAGCUGCACUAACUUUUGCAAUAAAGUUCUCCUACAACUAGCAAAGGAUGAUUUCAGCUAUUGCCAAUCCAUACAUUUCCAGGAAUUUAAACAACUUCAGAGAUGGCUUGCAGAGUGUAAAUUGGACCAGUUAGCCUUUUCUAGGCAGAAGCUUAGUUACUGCUACUUUUCUGCUGCUGCAAGCUUUUCCUCCCCUGAACUAGCUGAUGCACGUGUUUCAUGGGCAAAGAACGGCGUUCUGACUACUGUGGUUGAUGACUUCUUUGAUGUUGGCAGCUCAGAAGAGGAGCAACUAAAUCUUAUUCAGUUGUUUGAAAAGUGGGAUGCAGAUAAGAGAAUCCAAACCUGUUCGGAGAAUGUUCACAUCAUAUUCUCAGCAGUCCGGGACAGCAUUUGUGAAAUUGCUGAAAAAGCAUGUACUUGGCAAGAUCGUAACAUAACUAAUCACUUGGUUGAGAUUUGGUUGAGCCUUGUAAAAUCUAUGUGGAAAGAAGCAGAGAUAGCGAGGAACAAGUCAGUACCUACAGAGGAGGAAUACAUGGACAAUGGCUACAUAUCUUUUGCCUUAGGGCCAAUCGUUCUUCCAGCUCUGUAUUUCAUCGGUCCCAAGCUAUCUGAGGAGGUUAUUAGAAGUGAUGAGUACCAUAAUCUAUUCAAAUUGAUGAGUACUAGCGGCCGCCUCCUCAACGAUUACCAAGGCUUUCAGAGGGAAGCGGAGGAGGGGAAGCUUAACGCAGUGUCCUUGCGCAUCCUUCACGAAAAUGGAACUAUAAACAAAGAAGAUGCUAUUGAAGACAUAAGACAGACAAUUGAAGACAAAAGAAGAGAGCUGCUGAGAAUAGUAUUGCGAGGCAAUGUAGGUGUAGUUCCAAAAGAUUGUAGGGAAGUGUUCUGGAAAAUGAGCAAGGUGCUGCACUUUUUCUACAUGAAGGAUGAUGGGUUUACUUCUGAUGAUAUGAAAGAUGUUGUAAAGGCAGUUCUUCAUGACCCCAUUGAUUAAGCGUAAAAUACAGUAUUAUUUCAUUUGAGAAAGCAAAAUAAGGGGAAGAAUCAAGAAAAGAAUUCUUUCAGAUUUUUGUAUUGAUUAAAUUCAACUCUAGGCCUUCAUGUCCGUCUUAAGCCCGUUAUUAAGUCAUUAAAUCACAAAGAGCUAAG